AACUGAUACUACUACUAACUUGUAUUGUAGCUUUAGUCAUGGGGUGCACGGCCGUUUCAGCCCUUUCCUCUAAUACAGUGGUAAGUACUGUGAGAAUGCGGCCCUAACCGAAGCUACCGUCUCACUAGCUAUAGCCAGAGGCUGGCAAAGAUGCCCACUGGCACACCUUUGCGCAUCUACCAGGCUGUAGACAGUCGUUAUAGAUCUUAUUUUUGCCAUGGCUUCAAACAUCUCAUUGGAUACCGCUUCUUUACUGGCAUUGGUGCUGGAAGGCGUGGCAUACGGGUUUUCAAUUCUCAUGUUUAUCGGUACUAUCUGGGCUUUGACCCGCAAACAACGUAUGCAGGAUGUCAGUCGCCCAAUCAUCGUGGUGGCCACCCUGCUAUUGAUAUUGAGUACUGUGCACAUCGUCGUGAACACUGUUCGUGUUGAAGACGGACUAGUGAAGUAUCGCAACACGUUCCCGGGUGGGCCAGUGGCGUUCUUUGCCGACCUUUCCCAAUACACAUUUACGGUCAAGAAUGUGUUAUACAUCUUGCAAACUCUAGUGGCUGACGGGGUAGUGAUUUAUCGAUGUUAUGUUGUAUGGCGAUCACUCUUGGUCAUUGUGCUACCGAGCAUGCUGUGGUGCAGUGUUGCAGUGACUGGUGUCUUUGAAACCUACAGCUUUUCGCAAGUCACAACUGACUCCGAACAAAUCUAUAACGAGCGUGGGCAACCUGCAUAUUGGCUUACUGCAUUUUUUGCCUCGUCUAUUGCAACAAAUUUGUUGAGUUCAGCAUUACUUGCGUAUCGUAUCUGGAUAAUUGAACAUGGUGUCUCUACAGUUCGCACCGAGAAGAACACUAUGAUGCCGAUUGUGCGCGUGCUCAUGGAUUCUGCUGUUUUGUACUCUGUGGCGCUCUUGACCACAUUAAUCUGUCAUGCGUGCUCGAACAAUGGAGGGAUUGUCAUGAUAGACAUGCUCAUGCCCAUCAUAUCGAUUACCUUCUACAUGGUCCUUGUUCGCAUUGCAAUCAAUAGAAAACACAGCCAUACCUCGACUAUAGAGAUGAUCAAUGAACCAAGCAGUUUGCAGUAUCCUAUGCAACAACCCUUGCAGGUCACUAUAUCCAAAUUUACGUAUCAUGACAGUAAUGCAGUGUAUCAUGAUGGAAUAGGGAAUAAGGCCUCAGGAUCGGCCAUCGACAUUCAUGGCGGAAUCCAAAAAGGCUCCCCAGAAUUGUAAGCAAACUUAGUGUGUCGUUUAUUUUGUAUUUCCCCAUAGAUUUGUUUGUGUUUCCACUUUAACAUACCAUCAUGCUUGCACACAGUUCUUGUUAUCCGUUUC